UCGAGCGAUUGUAUGUACGGUGGCUCCCACAUCAACGAACGAGGGGAAUUGAGGGGAUUUGUUGAGCAGCGUCGUCGGGGCCGCUGUUUUUCGUCGAGAGUGCGUCAUUUAUGUGUUACCGAGACGGUCGGCGGAAACGAGGAGUUUAAUUGGACCCAAGGACGCAGCGCAGCGCAGCGCAGUCGAGUAUGAGACGCAAGAGUGAAAGGAACAAAGCGAAGGGAUCUCCAGAGAAGAAAGUUGAGAAACCGACGAGGAAGUCGACACGCAGGCGUGGCAGGAGAUCGCCUUCCACUUCGUCCGAGCAAGAGACUUUUGUCGUCGAGGAUGUGACCAAAAGUGCCGUUCAGCUCAAGGAGAUCGAGAAGGAAACAAGCGUGCAGACACGUCUGCAGAGCAAGGAAGUAGAGCAAACGCCACAGGGGCGUGAGGAGAAGGUCUCCUCUAGCGAGAUAGACAUAAAGGUGGACUCACCCGAAGACGAAGAGGACAACGGCGGCUCGGUAUGGAAAGUAGCGAGAGCGGAUGCGUCGCCCGGCGAGAUACAGAAGUUAAAACUAUGUAGGCAGCGCAACACGUCAGAACCAUCAUCAGACACACCACCGUCGAGUAGGAAAGGUGUCAAGUCAAGUAGCAAGUGGCAAGGAAGUGGUGAGGGCGUUGCAGAGGAGGCUGACUCGGCGGAUGAGCAACUGGUUUCUUGUACAAGAACGCUCAGUAAUGCUGAACAGCCGAACGAUCCCUCCUCUUCAUACCCAGGUCAGGACUCCAACGAAGAGGUAAGUGAUAGCAAGGAGAUCCUGCCUGAAACCACUUCAGCCAACUUGUUGUCUGACGAUAAACCAAACAUAGAUCAGCAUGGUGAAUCAAAUGAGGCAAAUUGCGCUGCCCAAAUCGUUGAUAUCGAACCUGGCAAGCCGGGUAGCACGACACCCGUGCCGACUCCUAGCGCGAACGAUGAGGAAACCACCGUCGCUGUCAUCGUUAAGGAAGAUAAACCUGUGGAAGCCGAAGCUGUGGAAGCCGAACCUGUGGAAGCCGAACCUGUGGAAGCCGAACCUGUGGCAGCCGAACCUGUGGAAGCCGAACCCGUGGAAGCCGAACCUGUGGAAGACAAACCCAUGGAAGACAAACCCGUGGAAGACAAACCCAUGGAAGACAAACCCGUGGAAGACAAACCCAUGGAAGACAAACCCGUGAAAGACAAACCUGUGGAAGACAUAAGUGAAAAGUCAACAGAGAUCUCUGUUAAAGAGACUAACGUGGAAAAUGUUUGUAGAGAUACAAGUAGCGAAGAUGAGGAGGAGGAGGAGGAGGAGGAUAAAGCGAAAACGCAUCGUCCGGUGGACUCGUCAUCUGAUUCAAACGACGAAUCGCGCACUAAAAGAAGCAGAACAAGUAGUGACCGAACGUCACCACGUACGAUUCGCAGAAAACAUAGAAAUAAAUACAGAGAUUCGUCGAAUUCAGAGACACCUGAUUCCGAAGAUGAACCUAAGAGAAAGAUCUCUGAAACUUAUGUGGAGGAGGAAGAGGAGGAGGAGGAAAAACCGAGUAUAGAAUACUCGCAAGAGAAUGAUAAAGAACAAUCGGUGUCGCCGGAAAGAACAAACUCUCAUUCAAAUAACGUAGAAAAGAUAGAGAUCGAGCCUAGUGAAACUGUUGAAGAUAAAUCGGAAGAAAAUAUAAUAACUGAAAAAUUGGAACAGUCUACACCGGCUAGCACUCAGGUGGUCGCUCAUAAACCCGUUAAAGUCAACUUGAAGAGAUCAUUCUCAACAAGAAUAUUAUCUGAAAAGAACGAGGUGAAAAGAAACGAUGCUGAUGCAAGCCUCGACAAUGAAUCCAAUAGUCAAAAUAAGGAAAAUGGCAAUGAACAAGAGCCAAAAUGUGUGCCGAGGAAACGUCGAUGGGGGACUGCGCUUUCCACGGAUACCGCGCCCUCGUUUUCUAUCUCGACUGAUUCGCUCAAGGCGUUGGUGCCAGGUGCGAAGCCAUUAUCCAUCAAUGAAGUUCGUCUUUCUAAGGACGAUGACGAGGACAGAGAUCGACAUAGAAGUAACGAUAAACGGCACAAUUCGAGCGACAUUACAAAUGAUAAGGCAACGGAUGAAAACUUGAAAAAUGGCGCUACCAAAAAGGGCAAUGGAAAAAUAGAUAAUCACAUUGCGGCGAGGCGAAAGAUAUCGAUCGUGAAGGAGAUACCACAUAUAAAAUCACCAAGCCCACCAGCGUCUAAACCUACCAAUAUUCUUUUGAUCAAGAAUCUAGUUCGCCCUUUCACACUAAAUCAGAUCAAGGAACUUCUUUCGCGUACUGGCACCAUCGUGGAGAACGGUUUCUGGAUGGAUCGAAUUAAAUCUAAAUGCAUUGUCGAAUAUUCCAAUGAGGAUCAGGCCUUUGAGACAAGGCAGGCGCUUCACGGGAUCUCUUGGCCUAUGUCCAAUCCAAAGAAGCUUCAUGUGGAAUAUGCUACAAAGGAGGAUAUGGAGACCGCUCGGGAAUCGUCCAAGGAACAACCGGUUGCUCGUAAAACCGAGCCGCUCUCGUCGGAUUCGUGGCAGCAGGAUUGGAGUCGCGACGAGAAGACUAAUAUGACUAAGGUGACCGUGGUGAGAGAGUGGGAUUUAGGCAAGGAGGACGGCCAGCAACACAUCAGGGAGAAGGAACGUGAGAAGAAGGACCAUGAUAAGAAGCGGCGAGUGAGGAGUCGCAGCCCAACAUUGGACGCCCAUCUAUCGGCACCGGCCCGCAAAUUCAAGAAGAAGGAGGACGAUCCACCUCCAGCUAAGCUUCUGGACGAUCUCUUUAGAAAAACGAAGGCGACACCCUGCAUAUACUGGUUGCCGCUUACAAAUGAACAGAUAGUCGUGAAGGAGGAGAUGCGACGGCAACAUAUGGCGGAACAUGCGCGCAGAUUAGAAGAGAUGAGACGUGCUGACAGAAACAGGGACGGCCGACGUCGACGUAGUCCGAGAAAAUAGAGAUCAGCGUAUAUCAGCAACAUUAAAUGUACCUCUCCUUCCCUAUCCUGAUUUAUCCUAAAUUUAAUUUUGCUUACCUCCAAUCAAUUUUUUAAUUCGGAAUUUUAAUUCUCGUUGUUGUAUGUUUAUCAGAGAUCCAUCUUUCUUCUUUUUUUGAACUCGUUCAAGAACAUAUUAAUAUUUGAAAAUUAAUAGAUCUAAUAUUUGUUGAUAUUCUGAUCUGUUUUUUUUUUCCGCAUUUUCUUUAGUAUUAUCUCUUUAAUCUCUGUAUCUCUACUUCCUGUCAGUUUAAUUUCGGAUACCAUUCAAUGCAUGAUUAUCAGAUAUCCUUCCGAUUCCUUCUUUCCUUCCCUCGUGUAUCAGAAUUAAACCGUACUUCUUACAGGUCAACAUUUAUCUAUCCCACAGAGAGCCAAUAACUGUAGAUCAGACGCAGUAUAGUGGUACUGUGUAUUUGCGUCGACUGUUCAUGGCAAAUAAUACCAAUUCACUCUCUGUCAUGUUCGAAACCACACGUGAGAGACUCGCACGCUCGCAGCAUCUAUACGGAAUGAUUUUACAACGUGGGAAUCUCUAUGAAGAAAAUAGACGAGACGCGCAUCAUUGAAUGUGGAAUAGACUUGGCAUUCAUGAGAACAACGUUCGUUCCUUCGCUCUUUUCUUGUUUUAUUUUUUUUUUUUACGAAUCGAACUCUGAUAAGUACAUUCGAAUGGAGAAAUGAAGUUAUACGAGUUAUAUGCAGUCUGGAUGGAAAACACUGUCGCCCGAAACGCAGAAGAGCAUUGUUGAAGACAUUAUUGAUGGAUGAAAGAUGAACUUUGUCUGCGGUAAAUCUUCUUCGUGGUCUGCUUUGGUUGCCUCGUGCUCAACAAUUGCCAACCAUUUGACUUUUUGACGGCGGCUACAUCUUGCAAGCGUCACGUCAGUGUUUAACCGUAAUAUAGACUAGCGCAGGACGAAGACAUGUCUGUAAAUAUAACCGAUAUUUCGUGGUGUGACAUGUAAAAUUAUUAAUAAAUCCUAAAAAUGAUGAAAACACGCUUUCUGUUAGCGUAUACAGAGGUACAUUUACCGCUUACUUUUUUUUUACAAUAUACCUAUUAGAGAAUUUGUUAUUCACUUACGACGAAAAAUUGAGAUAAGUGGAUAAGUAAAUACAUUUAUGCUUAAAAUAAACAAUCGCCUAUGUUAUUGUCGUUAUCUAAUUUGCUGUACAAUCGUAGAACUGUGUUUUAAUAAAUUAGCAACAAAAUAUCGAAAAGCGCGAAACAGAA